AAAACUACAGCCAUUUUCUGGGGCUCACAAUGAGUCACCUCCAUGCUACAUGCUACAGGUGGAUGAGUUCCGAUUUCUGUUGGACUGUGGUUGGGAUGAAGAUUUCAGUAUGGAAUUCAUCAGAGAAGUUAAACGACAUGCUCAUCAGAUUGAUGCUAUUCUGUUGACCUAUCCUGAUCACAUACACCUUGGUGCUCUCCCUUACCUGGUUGGAAAUGGAAUUUUGAACUGUCCCAUUUAUGCUACCAUUCCUGUGUAUAAAAUGGGACAGAUGUUUAUGUAUGAUUUAUAUCAGUCUCGGCACAACACUGAAGAUUUUGACAUAUUCACUCUGGAUGAUGUGGAUGUUGCUUUUGACAAAAUAGUGCAGCUUAAAUACUCACAGACUGUCAAUUUGAAAGGAAAGGGACAUGGUCUACAGAUAACACCUUUACCUGCUGGUCACAUGUUAGGGGGGACGAUCUGGAAAAUCAUCAAAGAUGGAGAGGAAGAAAUCGUGUACGCUGUGGAUUACAAUCACAAGAAAGAAAGACAUUUGAAUGGCUGUGUUCUGGAGAAUAUUUCAAGACCACAUCUGAUGAUAACGGAUGCAUUUAAUGCCACAUAUGUGCAGUCUAGACGAAGAGCAAGAGACGAGCAGUUAUUAACAACAAUCCUACAGACUAUGAGAAAUGAUGGCAAUGUGCUGGUUGCUGUGGAUACUGCUGGCCGAAUGCUAGAACUGGCUCAGCUCUUGGAUCAGAUGUGGAGGAAUUCUGAAUCUGGACUCUCACCCUAUUCCCUUGCCCUGCUCAACAAUGUCAGUUUUAAUGUGGUGGAGUUUGCCAAAUCUCAAGUGGAAUGGAUGAGUGACAAAAUCAUGAGGUCAUUUGAAGAGGCCAGAAACAACCCUUUCCACUUCAAACAUGUGAAGCUGUGUCAUAACCUAGCUGAAUUGGCCCGAAUACCAGAGCCAAAGGUGGUUUUGGCAAGUGUUCCAGAUCUGCAGUGUGGAUUUUCCCGAGACUUGUUUUUAGCCUGGUGUGGUAGUCCUAAAAAUAGCAUCAUCCUGACCAACCGGACCUCUCCAGGAACUCUGGCAAGAUGGCUGAUAGACAACCCAGAAAACAAGACCGUUACCAUGGAUAUAAGAAGAAGAGUAAAAUUGGAGGGAGCAGAAGUGGAGGAGUAUCUCCGUAAAAAGAAAGAGAAAGAGGCAGAGGAACAGAGAAUCAAGAAUGAACAGAAAAGAGAGCUAGAAGAUGAAUCUAGUGAUGAAAGUGACACAGAAAUGGACACAGAUAACCAGACUCUGUCCAGCAAAGGCAAACAUGAUCUCAUGAUGAAGAGCGAGGGUAAAAGUAGAACAGGAUUUUUCAAACAAGCAAAGAAGUCUUAUCCAAUGUUUCCUUUUACCGAGGAAAAACUCAAAUGGGAUGACUACGGAGAGAUCAUAAGGCCAGAAGACUACACCAUUCUAGACGUACCCCAGGCUGAUGAGGAGAGCUCAGCAGAAAAUAUUAAGAAGCAGGACAGUGCUGUACAAGACCUGUCAGAUGUACCUACAAAGUGUGUGGCAGCCACCGUGACCUUGGACAUCAAUGCAAACAUCCAGUAUAUCGACUUUGAAGGGCGGUCUGACGGGGAAUCCAUCAAGAAAAUCCUUUCACAGAUUAAACCCAGGCAGCUGAUUUUGGUGCGGGGCACCACAGAGGCUACAGAAGCUUUGGCAGAAUACUGUAGGAAAAACGAGGUUGUGCAGAGCAAGAUCUUCCUACCACACAUUGGAGAAGUGGUGGACGUCACAAGGGAAAGCCAUAUCUUCCAGGUGAGAUUAAGGGACUAUGUGGUGUCUGCCCUGGAAUUUGCCAAAGCCAAGGAGACAGAGCUGGCGUGGAUUGAUGGAGUGUUAGAUAUGAGUCAGGGUAAAGUGGAUACGGGGGCCAUGUACGAGGCAGAGGAGGGGGAGGUCACUGACGAAAAGGCGCGGAAAAUCCGACAAGAUGGUACUACAGACACAGAGGAGGAUCCAAUGGAGGUGGUACCUACACUAGAGGCCCUCCCACACAAUCAGUUUGUAGGACAUAAAGCCGUGUUUAUCAACGAACCCAAGCUCUCCGACUUCAAGCUUGUGUUGUUACAGGAGGGGAUUCAGGCUGAAUUCAUCGCUGGUGUGCUUAUCUGUAACAAUAAUGUAGCUGUCAGAAGGAAUGAGGCAGGCAGGAUACAGCUUGAGGGGACGAUAUGUGAGGACUUCUUUAAAAUUCGACAGAUUCUCUACAAUCAGUAUGCCAUUGUGUGACCUCUCGUCCAUAGAAUGUGAACAUGUGUGUAAUCCUUGUCAUGCAUUUGUAGUGUUCUGAUAAUUCCGUGAGACUUCCACUGUUCCAUGUAUGACUGUUUACAUUGAAAAUGAAUGUGUGUGUGUGAAAGAACUUUUAAGAUUAUGCAGAGUGUGUACUGAAAAAUGAUAUAUUGGUGGCUAAUGACAUGGAAAAUUUUGUUUAUUAUUGUUAUCGAGGAGUAGCAAAUGAAACGGUUGAAAGUUAUUUUCUCAUCUGUAAUUCAGAAUGUUAAGCAUUUUUUACACUUCAUUAGUGCCUACAUGAUGCAGACUGCAUUGUACAUGUGUGUAGAAUAAAUAUGGUGGGAAAAUGU